CAGCUGGUAAAGAAGGAGAAGCUGUCAAAGUUUGGCAAGUGCCUGGUAAGGACGGCCGGGAAUGCCCAGGCUCAGCCUGGAGAAGGCCCUGAGCGCGGUGCUCAGCGUGCGGGGCUGGCAGCUGUGCCGCUGCCCGCUGCUGCACGCAGAGGCCGCGCGGGCUCUUCUCCAGGCUCCUGCGGGCCCGAGCCGGGUGCCCACGGAGCCCCGGCCCGGCGGCGCUGCGGGGCGGCCCCGCGGCUCCCCGGGCAGCAGCCGGCGCUCUGCCCCCUCCGGAGCCCGGCGCCAGCGGCUGCUGGCCGCGCCUCAGGGCUGCGCGGGCAGGGGAGGCCGGGGCUGCGCGCAGCGAGCGCCCGGCCCGGGGGCUGAGCCCGCGCCAAGCCUCCCCUGCUGCCGCUCUCUGCAGCUGGCAGAGGACAGGAGCCGAGCGGCCGAGCACCUGCGCCGGGCCCUGCGCUACCUGGAGAGCCCACACGAACCCCUGCGAGAGGCGGCCAUCAGGAUCAUGGGGAUCGCCGGGCGGCACCUGAAGGGACAGCCAGCAGAGCUUCACGUUCUCCGUGAGGCCCUUGAAGCCAUGAGCAAAGAUGACAGCCCAUCCUCCACUAACCUAGAAAUUCAGGCAAUUUUUGGACAAAGAUCUGCAGAACUACGGUCAUCUGCUGGACUCAGAGAACCAGGGUCCCAAGAUCAGUACCAGGAGACUGUGAAGAGACCACCACUCAAUGUCUCUGUAGCUCCAGGCACAGCUGAUGCUGGCCACAGCUGAGCCUGUGGGAGCCUCCCAUAGCUCUUGCCUUGUCCUUCCCUGUUGACAGUUCCCUCCCUCCAGCCCUCAAACCCUCCCCACCCCUUUUUUUUUUUGCCCCCAUCUGAACCCUUCACUUUCCCUUCCAUUAAUAAACAGUUUGG